AUGCCUGCUCAGAUCAUUUCACAACCCAACCCUCCUGCUGAUCCCUCUCUCCUGCCAGAUUCUACCCUUGACUACGCAAUCAAGCUCGAUACUAAGGAUUAUCUAUCGCCUGAAGAACUCGAUGGCAUUCGCAAGUUUCGUAGAGCCGCAGACUACAUUGCUGCAGCCAUGAUCUUCUUGAACAAUACCAGCAACGUCCUUCUCGAGCGCGACCUUACACAUGACAAUAUCAAACCUCGUCUCUUGGGUCAUUGGGGCACUUGUCCCGGUCUAGUGAUGGUGUAUGCUCACCUCAACCGGAUCGUUCGUAAGACUGGGCUUGAUGCUCUUUAUGUCGUUGGACCAGGUCAUGGUGCACCUGCUAUUCUCUCUUGUCUUUGGCUGGAAGACUCACUCAGCACGUUUUUCCCUGAGUAUACUCAGAACCUUGCUGGGCUGCAGAAAUUGAUCUCCAGCUUCAGCGUUCCUGGAGGGUUCCCCAGUCAUAUAAAUGCUCAAACUCCUGGAGCUAUUCACGAAGGCGGCGAACUUGGAUACGCUCUUAGUGUUUCCUUCGGUGCUGUUAUGGAUAAUCCCGACCUUGUUGUUGCAUGCGUCGUUGGGGACGGCGAAGCAGAAACUGGUCCAACCGCAGCCGCCUGGCAUGCAUACAAAUACAUUGAUCCUGCUGAAUCUGGCGCCGUACUCCCCAUUUUGCAUGUAAAUGGCUUCAAGAUUUCUGAAAGGACAAUCUAUGGUGUCAUGGACGAUAAAGAAAUUACCGCGUUGUUCACAGGAUAUGGCUAUCAAGUCCGCAUCAUUUCUGAUCUCCCAAACUUGGACAACGAUCUUGCUGCCUCGAUGGAGUGGGCACUCGCUGAAAUCAAGAAGAUUCAAACUGCCGCUCGGACUGGAAAGCCUAUUAUAAAGCCCCGCUGGCCAAUGCUCGUCCUUCGAACCCCCAAAGGUCUCUCUGGACCUAAAAUGAUUAAUGGUGAAAUUAUCGAGGGGUCUUUCCAUUCACAUCAGGUUCCCCUUCCUGGCGCCAAAACAUCCGACGAAGAGCUUGCCGCUCUCCAAGACUGGCUGUCGUCAUACAAGCCUCAAGAACUCUUCACUCCUCAGGGAGUACCCAUUGACGCGGUGCUUAGCGUCAUCCCUGACGUCAAUACCAAGAAACUCGGCCAAAAGAAAGAAAGUUACGCCGCUUACACGCCUUUGCUGACACCCGAAUGGAUGGACAACUGUGUCGAGAAAGGCACACAGGAGAGCUGCAUGAAGGCAAUAGGCCGCUUCUUGAAAGAGGUUAUCAACAAAAAUCCUAAAACUUUCCGUAUCUUCUCCCCUGAUGAGCUAGUUUCCAAUAAAUUAGACGCUGUCUUCGAUGUUACUGGGCGUAAUUUCCAGUGGGACGUCGCUGCUCGUGGUCAAGGCGGACGAAUAGUCGAAAUCCUCUCUGAACACACCUGUCAAGGAAUGCUCCAAGGUUAUACCUUGACGGGAAGGACUGGCCUUUUCCCCAGCUACGAAGCAUUCCUCGGUAUCGUGCAUACAAUGAUGGUACAAUAUUCCAAAUUCUCCAAAAUGGCCGUGGAAACCUCCUGGCGUCAACCUUGCGGUUCACUCAACUAUAUCGAAACGUCUACCUGGACAAGACAGGAACACAAUGGCUUCUCACAUCAAAAUCCUUCGUUUAUCGGCGCCGUACUUAACUUGAAACCCACAUUUGCGCGAGUAUAUUUACCGCCAGAUGCAAAUUGCUUCCUUUCUACUAUUUCACAUUGCCUGAGGGCCAAGAAUUACAUCAACCUAAUGGUUGGCAGCAAACAGCCUACUCCUGUGUGGUUGUCUCCUGAAGAAGCUGACCAACAUUGCAUAGCUGGAGCUUCAGUAUGGAAAUUUGCUAGUGUGGAUGAUGGCGUAAACCCAGAUGUUGUUCUCGUCGGUAUUGGGGUUGAGAUGACCUUCGAGGUGAUAGCGGCUGCAGCAUUGCUUCGUAUACAUGCACCAGAGCUUCGUGUUCGUGUCGUCAACGUCACCGACCUCAUGAUUCUGCUUGAUACCGGCCUCCAUCCUCAUUCUCUCAGUCAUGAAGCCUUUAAAUCGCUCUUUACAGAAGAUCGCCCCAUUCACUUCAAUUACCAUGGGUAUCCCAUUGAACUCAAAGGAUUACUGUUCGGUCGGCCUAAUUUGGACAGGAUUACCAUUGACGGAUAUGCCGAAGAAGGCACUACUACUUCACCAUUUGAUAUGAUGAUUUCCAACCACACCGACCGUUUCAGUGUAGCCAUUAACGCGAUCAGCGGUGGUGCUACUGUCAACGCCGCAGUAGCGGCCUAUGCGCACGAGAAAUGCAGCUAUUUAAGGCAUCUAAAACAGAAAGAACGCGAUUACAUCUAUACCAAUGGCAAAGAUCACGAUGGUAUCUUUGAUACCCCGGUUUUUAACUAA